UUUGUCAAAGAUUUAUAGGUUAUGAUAUUAUAAUAGUAGAAAAUUCUUUUACUUAUGUGCCAUGGCUCCGAUUUGAAGUUGGUUUUGAGAUUUACUGAUUUACUUGACGUUACGUGUUGUGCGAAGAUAAUUCGUCAAGAUGCAAAUUUUUGUUAAAACCCUUACGGGUAAAACAAUUACCCUUGAGGUUGAAUCAUCAGAUUCUAUUGAAAAUGUAAAAUCUAAAAUCCAAGAUAAAGAAGGGAUUCCCCCGGAUCAGCAGCGUCUUAUUUUUGCUGGUAAACAAUUGGAAGAUGGUCGCACACUAUCCGAUUACAAUAUACAGAAAGAGUCAACUCUACAUUUAGUACUCCGUUUAAGAGGUGGUGCUAAGAAACGCAAGAAGAAAAAUUAUUCCACACCAAAAAAAAUCAAACACAAAAAGAAGAAGAUUAAGUUAGGAAUUCUUAAAUUUUAUAAGGUUGACGAGAAUGGAAAAGUGCAUAGGUUGAGGAAAGAAUGUACUGCUGAAAACUGUGGACCUGGAGUAUUCAUGGCCGAGAUGUCCAAUAGAUUCUAUUGUGGAAAGUGUAGUUCUACCAUAGCUAAAUAAAUUGUAUUCUCAUUUUAAGUACAAUACAGUUUAUUUACAAAAAAAAGUCUUGCAUUUUUCAUUGAUAGUAUUUUAACAAAAAUCAUUUGUUUGGUUCGUGUUUGCUUUACCAUCAUAUUAUAUUAUGAUUAUUAAAAAUUAGGUUUCCCGAUUCACAUAAUAGGUACAGUCUUAUUGCAUACAUUUAUUAAGUAACAUUUUUUUUAAAAAUUAAGCAAAUAAUAACUACAAUAUUUGAGUAACAACUAGCAUACAUGAUUAAAGUAAAUUAAAUCUUAACAUACCUAUGUAUAUAUAGUAUUUAACAUUAUGUACAAAAUUAUUUGGUUUCUGCUGUUUCUUCAUCUAAACUUUAAUUACAACAAAA